CAACCAGAGAAACGUGUCAUGUAAAAUUAAGAAACAGCUUUUUCAUUCCGUAGGUGAAUGCACCACGUCUAUAGGCUCAAAGAUUGCAACAGCUAGUAACCUGGCAGCUUCGGUGUUCCAGACACGGAAUUGCACCCGGAAUCUAGAGGACCAGUGCACCACUGUUUGUGGACGUGCAAUCAAGAUUACAUUCGACCUGUUCAAGGAGACCAGCAGUGAUGCUGAUGUGACAAUCAAAGUCGGAACAACCAGUCCAUCUAUAAAUAAAAGGGGUACUCCGAUAGAGUGUUGGGGGUUGACAUUACACAUUGGAGCUGCUGAAGGUCGUGUUUAUAAUGCAUCCAUCGUCCUAGGUGAUUAUGAGCAGGAGCCAAAUGUAGAACCAGGAAACCCGAUUACAAUUUGGACAUUGCCAACUGGCAGGUAUGAUGGAGGAAUCACGACAAGUAUAAAUUCUCUAAACAUGGUAAAUUGCGAACCUGGACAACCCUGUACCUGUUCAAACACCGCUCCUGUAACUGAAACUCCUGAAAGAGAGGUCACAUGCAGAUUACCUACAAUGUUUCCAUUAUUCCUGAACACCGCAUCCACUACUAAUAAUUGUACGGAAGGAGAGCAGAUCCUCUACAAUACUUCUUGUUUGUAUGAUUGUGAGGUCGGAUAUAACUUGACCGGGAACAGUACAGUCACGUGUCUCGAGAACGGCGAUCUGUCCAGUGAAUUACCUAAAUGUGGAAUUUUGCAGUGCUAUUUGCCAAGUUUCUCAGACGGGCUAAUAUCUCCUAAUAUUACAUGUGACGAGAGGACAUACACCAACUAUUCUGAUAGCUGCUACUUCGAAUGUGAUGUUGGUUUUGAUCUGAUUGGUAAUGAUACGGUGACCUGCGGGGAAGAUGCCCUCCUCUCAGCGGACCUACCAACAUGCCAAGUUGUGAUUUGUCCUCUCCCUGAAGUAUUCGACUCUAAUCUGCUUUUAGAAUUUGGAAACUGCAGCCAAGGAGGCUCUAUUGACUUCAAUACCUUGUGUACCUUUGAAUGUUCGGAGGGUUAUGCUUUGAUUGGCAAUGAGAGUGUCAGUUGUCAGAGUAAUGGUACCUUAUCUGCAGUACUGCCAACAUGUAAAGUCGAAUCCUGUUCCAUACCUGAGCUUCCAGCACACCUGUUGGCGAUGACGUCACAAUGCAAUGGAUCAAAAUCUAUCAAUUACACAGAAACAUGUUCAUAUUCAUGUGAUAUCGGAUAUAAUCGCAUUGGAUCUGAAUCAGUCACAUGUCUAGCUAACACCUCGCUCUCUGAUUUCCUGCCGACAUGCGAAGUUGUGACUUGUCAUCUACCUGAUGUAUUCCACCCUAACCUGUCUUCGGUGUUUAAUGAAAACUGCAACGAAGGAAGUUCUAUUGACUUCGAUGCCACGUGUACUUUUGAAUGUUCAGAGGGAUAUGAUUUGAUUGGCAGUGAGAGUGUCACUUGUCUCAACGAUGGAAGCCUAUCUGAAUCGGUGCCCAAAUGUAACGUUGUAUCCUGUUCCAUACCUGAGCUUCCAUCGCAACUAUCUGCGAUGACGUCACAAUGCAAUGGAUCACAGUCUAUCAAUUACACAGAUACCUGUUCGUAUUCAUGUCAUGAGGGAUAUAAUCUAACUGGAUCUAAUUUGGUUACAUGUCGUGCUAACGCGGCACUCUCUCCUUCUCUGCCUACUUGUACAGUGGUCACGUGCCCAUUGCCUAGAGUGUUUCCAUCUUUCCUGUACAACACAACCACUACUAAUAAUUGCGGAGAAGGAGAACAGAUCCUCUACAGCACUUCAUGUUCAUACAAUUGUAAGAAUGGAUAUAACUUGACAGGGAACAGUACAGUCACGUGUCUCAAGAACGGCGAUCUCUCUAGUGAUUUACCUAGAUGCGCAAAAACGGAAAAGGUUGUAGGUUCACCUUCAAAAAACUUCAGAACUGUGGUCGUUAGUGUGAUCAGUGGCGUCUGUGGAGCUGCAACUCUAAUAUUGCUAUUCUGCAUUGCCAAAGUUGCCUACAGGAACCAUCAUAACCAGUCCAAUCAGAAGACAGUAAAAGAAGCCACCAGUGCACAGACCGAAGAUCAAGGGGUGAUGUAUUCCUUGCCCGGACCAGUGGAUGGAAUUGGCCUUGGCUACCUUGUGAAUGCACCUAGCGAGGUGUCUUCAGUCCAAUAUACUGACCAGAAGAAAUGGUACACAGAAGAAUGGCUCCGAAUUGCAAAUAAUGACUCUGGGCUUUACUCCAGCGAGUCACAGAAUGCAACGACCACGCUCCCCGGUAUCACGACUGUAGUUUAGUACAGUGGUUCCAUCGCGACAAUUGCUCCGUUGCAAAUAUUCCACGCCCCCAUGAAUAACCAAUCUCAGCCCUGUUAUUAGCACUAUACCCUAUAACCUUAUCCCAACCCUAUCCCUACAGCAAGAGUAACCCUAACCCUACAUCUUAGACGAAAUAAAGAGCGGAGCGAUUGUCAUGAUUGUCGCAGGAGCAAAUGUCAUGUCUCCAAGGUAGACCUCUCAGGCAUUGACGUGUUUUUUUUUUUACUAGGCCUUAUCCCCACAGCCGCGGCGCUUACAUUAGACAGUAAAAUGCUGUUUAAUAUUUCAUACAUAGCUUCUUACCAAGUAAUACAUCUUCCAAGGGGUCCUGUACUUUGAAAAACAAAGUGGACCCAUAACUGAACCCUGAUGAACGCCUUCGCUACAAAAGGCCAUCAUGAUGAGAUGGACAAAAGUAACAGGUUUGAGUUCGAUUAAUAAAAUAUGGGCGAAACCCGUUUAUUGCUGUUCCAGUGAUUAUAUCAUCAUUGACAUUGGGAAAACAGUACCUUCACUGAUAUGAAAUUGUAACAAUGCCACAGUUGUGGCUCAAAGGAGUGAGGGAGGGGGGGGGGGGGGAGAUCGCCCCCAAUCAGGACCCUUGCCCCCACCUGCCCACCAGCAAUUUCAGGCAGUUAAGUGCUCCAAACAGCAUUUUCACUCUUCAAAUAUUGAAUAAAUUAUCCUCUCGUCAUGUAUACUAACUAAAACUAAACUAAAAAAAAUAGAAGUUUCUAUAUCUGAAUUAUGUGAAGUCAUUCCUAUUUUGCAAAAUUGUUGUUUUCAACAUAUAUUUUGUUAACACCUUUAAGAUCAUAUUGUGUCAUAUACGUACACGUCAGGUGCUUGAUUGUUAUUCUUUCCUUACAAUGAUAACAAUAUCGUGGGAAUUGUUCUUAAUUGUACCAUGGACCUAUUACGUAAUAGGUCCAUAAUUGUACAAGGCCUCUUGUUUUAUUCAUGCAGUUUCCCAAUAAUUUUUAUUGUUUUUUUUACGUUUGUUUGUUAAUCAUUUAUAUCUAAUUUUAU